AGGUCAAAGUUGACAAAAUCCUAUCGGACUUCCUUUUCUGUUAGCGGAGGCCUCAGAGCAGCAUCAAAAUGGGCAAGUUUAUGAAGCCGGGGAAGGUGGUGAUGGUCCUGGCUGGACGCUACGCAGGACGCAAAGCCGUCAUCGUGAAGAACAUCGAUGACGGAACCGCCGACCGGCCUUACAGUCACGCCCUGGUCGCUGGCAUCGACCGCUACCCGCGCAAAGUGACCACCACCAUGGGCAAGAAGAAGAUCGCCAAGAGGUCCAAGAUCAAGGCCUUCGUCAAAGUCUUCAACUACAACCACCUCAUGCCCACCAGAUACUCUGUAGAUAUUCCUCUGGACAAAACUGUUGUCAACAAGGACGUCUUCAGGGAUCCCGCUCUGAAACGCAAAGCCAGGCGGGAGGCCAAGGUCAAGUUUGAGGAGAGGUACAAGACGGGCAAGAACAAGUGGUUCUUCCAGAAGCUCAGAUUCUAACUUCAGUUUCACAAAUAAAAGUUUAAAAAAGA